AUGAGAGCUGGGCAGGAGAGAGGAGGCACAGACCAAGGAAAAGAAAAGCAAAAGGGAGAAGGACAAGAGGAAGAGUGUGCAGGCAUUGAUGCAGGUCACAAAGAGCAGAAAGAAGGACAAGAGAGACCAGAGGGAGGAGAUGGACCAGGUGGCAGCAUCCAAAGAGUAGGAAGAGAAAGUGCAAGUCCUGUUUCAGGUGGUAGAGGCCAGAGAGGUUCAAGAGGAGGAAAUAUUGCAGGUCCCAGCGCUGGAGGUAAAGGAAGAAGGAGGAGAGGGAGAGGAGGCAGAGAUGCAGUGGAGGACAGAAUUCAGGUUCUCCAAAAUGAGAGAAGGAUACAGACAGAGGCGCUGAUUCAGCAGAUGAGCGAGGUGGAGCUACGACAAUUAACAACCCAGCUCUUCGCCCGGGAACCUGGAUUAGUUGUCGAUGCCCUAAUUUCACUCCAAGGCACACCCACUCUCCCACCUGCUGCUGCUCUUCCAUGGUGCACCUGUGGAAACUGCAGGGAAAUGGCUACAGACGCUGAAAGAAAGUGCUGUGGCCGGGGGCCUGACCACUGCAUCAGCAAACUGCCGCACUUUGAACUGUACUGUUUGGAAGAUGGUUAUUUGCGUCUCCACAGACAGUACAGAAAUGAUGUGUUGGUUUUAGGUGAACCUAGAGAGCCAGGGGAUGAUAAUAGACAAUUCAGGUAUGCUGCCUAUCGGCAAUAUAUCUUUUGGCAGCAUGGGGCCCUGGGUCAGGGUAACCACCGUGUUAUUCCCAGCUGCUGUGUAUGGAGAGUAAGGGACAAAUACCCUGAUCCACAGGGCCAGUACACAGGCUUUGUACCCACCAUUUAAUCAAACUCAGGCUUUGUAACCACUAUU